UCGGACCCUCCGCACCGCUCAGUGCCCCCCGUGCCCGUCCCGUGCCCCCCGUCCCCGUGCCCCUCGCCGUGCCCCCUCUCGCCGUGCCCCCCGUCCCGGACCAUGGCCUCCAAGUGCCCCAAGUGCGACAAGACCGUCUACUUCGCCGAGAAAGUCAGCUCUCUGGGCAAAGACUGGCAUAAAUUUUGCUUGAAGUGUGAACGCUGCAACAAGACUUUGACCCCCGGGGGUCACGCGGAGCAUGAUGGGAAGCCAUUCUGCCACAAGCCUUGCUACGCCACGCUGUUUGGGCCCAAAGGUGUGAAUAUCGGUGGCGCUGGCUCCUACAUCUAUGAGAAGCCCCCAGCGGACGAGACCCCGGUGACCGGCCCCAUAGAGCAUGUGGCCAGGGCGGAGGAGCGGAAGGUCAACACCGCCUCCAAUCCUCCCAGAGGGCCCAGCAAAGCCUCCAGCGUCACCAUCUUUACUGGAGAACCCAACAUGUGUCCCCGCUGCGGCAAAAGGGUCUACUUUGCUGAGAAGGUGACCUCCCUGGGCAAGGACUGGCAUCGUCCAUGUCUGCGCUGCGAGCGCUGCAGCAAAACCCUGACUCCAGGAGGCCAUGCCGAGCACGACGGUCAGCCCUACUGCCACAAGCCUUGCUACGGGAUCCUCUUCGGGCCGAAAGGUGUGAACACCGGAGCUGUGGGGAGCUACAUCUACGACAAAGAGGCCAAGGACCAGCCCUAAGCAUCUCCCCUUUCCCUCCUCCUCCUCCUCCUCCUCCUCUUGCGCCCCCUCCCCUCCCAAACCUCCACCUCCUCCUCCCUUCUCCCCCACUCCCGGCCGGCAGAUCCCCCUCCCCCUAGGCCUGGCUUCCUCCUAUCUACACUAGCAGCUGUCUACACUAGUAGCUGUCUACACUAGUAGCUGUCUACACUAGCAAUUUGGGUGGGGGGCGAGACGACGACCCCCCUAACCCUGGGCGGUCCCGCCCCUCUGUCCACCCCCACCUCUGCCCUUCUGCCCGCCAAGGCCGGGAAUCCAACCCAAGGAAUAAUGAGCUGCCGCCCCCUCCCCAAGUACAGGCUGCUAGUAGUUGGGGAAGGGGCGAUUUGGGGGGUGGGGU